AAAAAACAGACUUUGCGACCUUUGCGACAGUCCGGUCAAUGGCGCACGGAUCGGAGUACGGCAGCGAGAAGAAGAUGGCGGAGGGUGGUAAUGAUGCAGAGCUACUCAAGGAGAAGGCGAAUAAGUACUUUAAAGAUAAAGACUAUGAAAAUGCUAUCAAGUACUACUCGGAGGCCUUGGAGGUCAAUCCAUCCAACGCCGUCUACUACAGCAACCGCAGCCUGGCAUACCUGCGCACAGAGUGCUAUGGCUAUGCCCUGGCAGAUGCCACCAAGGCCCUGGAGAUAGACAAGAACUACAUCAAGGGGUAUUACCGCCGCGCCACCUCCAACAUGGCACUGGGCAAGUUCAAGGCAGCACUUAAGGACUACGAGACGGUAGUAAGGGUUCGACCAAAUGACAAGGAUGCGAAGAUGAAGUAUCAGGAAUGUAAUAAGAUUGUGAAACAAAAGGCUUUUGAAAGAGCCAUCGCCAGCGAUGAGAUAAGAAAAUCUGUUGUUGACUCUCUGGACAUUGAAAACAUGACGAUUGAGGACGACUACUCUGGCCCCAAACUGGAAGAUGGUAAGGUCACAUCUCAGUUCAUGAAUGAGAUGAUGGACUGGUUCAAAGACCAGAAGAAACUGCACAGAAAGUGUGCUUAUCAGAUUUUGGUGCAAGUUAAAGAUCUUCUAUCGAAGCUACCAAGUCUCAUUGAGAUCUCAUUAAAAGAGACAGAAAAAAUAACUAUUUGUGGUGACACCCACGGGCAAUACUACGAUCUCCUCAACAUCUUCAAGUUGAACGGCUUACCCUCAGAGACCAACCCUUACCUGUUCAACGGGGACUUCGUGGAUCGUGGCUCUUUCUCCGUCGAGGUCAUUCUCACCCUCUUUGGCUUCAAGUUGCUUUACCCCGACAACUUCUUCUUGCUCAGGGGUAACCAUGAGACCGACAACAUGAACCAGAUGUAUGGAUUCGAAGGGGAGGUCAAGGCCAAGUACACAGCCCAGAUGUUCCAGCUGUUCAGCGAGGUCUUCCAGUGGCUGCCUCUGGCUCAAUGCAUCAACAGCAAAAUACUGAUUAUGCACGGGGGGCUGUUCAGUGAAGAUGGCGUCACAUUGGAGGACCUCAGGAAGAUUGAGAGGAACAGACAGCCUCCUGACUCAGGUCCCAUGUGUGACCUCCUCUGGUCCGAUCCACAGCCUGGGAGUGGCCGGUCGGUCAGCAAGCGAGGCGUGAGCUGUCAGUUCGGGCCUGAUGUGACGGAGCGUUUCCUGGAACAGAACAAGCUCGACUUCAUCGUGCGUAGUCAUGAGGUCAAAGCUGAGGGCUACGAGGUCACUCACUCAGGGAAGUGCAUCACCGUGUUCUCAGCGCCCAACUACUGUGAUCAGAUGGGGAACAAAGGAGCGUAUAUCCAUCUCAGGGGAUCAGACCUCAAGCCAGAAUUUCACCAGUUCACUGCUGUGCCUCAUCCGAAUGUUAAGCCCAUGGCGUACGCCAACUCGCUAAUGCAGAUGGGGAUGAUGUAGACUCUGAUCCGUCUGUGACACUGACGACCUCCCAUCUGACCCGAACCAUCCCGGCCACCUCACUCCCUCCAGUGCUCGGACAUGCUCUCAUUCAUGCUUAGCCUAUGGGAUCCCUCUCCCUGACAAACCUCCGCUAGUUGUAUGCUGAAAAAAAACCCGUGGUGUAGUUGAGAUGGGGAGAGAUCACUCGUACCAGCCCGGCCCAGUUCAGAACUGGGCACGUCUGACCAUGUUAUCUGUUAAAAAAAAAUACUGUUUCCAUUGUCAUUAGUCUGUUCAUGAGUUCCAUCACCGGGUAAAGACACCGGCCGUGAGAAUUUCAGACAAGUCUCCUCAGAGCUGCUUGGUUUUUAAAUAUUUGACACACUUAGCAGAUGGGAUCAAGUAGAUAGUACGUACCAAAGAUCUGUGAUUUAAAGAUGAUUGUUCAGUUUGUACAAGGAGCAUCUUGUGACUGAAACCUGGCGUUGCACUGUAGGCCCGUGUACACAGCUAAGAGCAGCAUGUGGAUCAGUGUUUCUCAAACCAUCCUGCAGUAUGUCAGUCAUUACAAAUUAUACUUACGUGUGUGAUCCCAGUCUGUCAUGUGUCUCUGGGUACACUCUUAAAGGUGCUGUUUGCCAUUAGUGGUGUAAUUAGCUGGUUCCGUCAUUAGCUGGUAACUUUUCUUUUUGCACUGCUUCCUGCCGAGGAAGAUUUUGCUGCUCUUCAUGUUUUCAUCCCUGACCGUUAUGGUGCCACUCACCCGGCAGCUCCUGCACACUCUACUCUCCGAACGUAGCUUUGGUGUAACACUGAUGGCACUCGAUCCCUGGUAACUUCUGACCCACCACCACCACCACCACCGUUCUGUGGAUGUCUUCAGUACACAAACGUCCAACAUGCAACCCUGUCUUGAAACGCACAGCUGCAUUGUCCAACGGCCCUCAACUUUUUAGAUAAAGAAAUACACUGACGUGUAUGUAUAUAUACUGUAUCAUUUAAAGAUUCCGUGUAAUGUUUGGAGAAAAAUAUUGAAUAAAAAAAUCCAGUCCUGUGAUUUUAGAAACAAGCUGGUAUCUUUAUUUA